AUGGGCGAGAACCAAGCGAAUGCCGCCAACGCGGCGCAAGGCCCGGCUCCGACAAUGCAAAUGUACAGAGAGGAACAAGUCCGCCUGCGCCAGAUGCUGGACAAGAGGGCAGUGAUCGCCAGGAAACUCGCCGCCAUCGAGGCCGACAUUGAGCAAAAGGAGACGGCCUACCUCGACACCACGCCAAACGGUAACAUCAUUGCCGGCUUCGACAACUACAUCAAGGGCUCCGGCGCGGCCGCCCAGCGGCGCAAGGCCGGUGCCACGGAGCAGAACCGCGUCUUUUCACGGAGUUCGGUGUCGUAUCGCCCUGGCAGUGAAGCCACGACGCCCGGCUCGACCCCCGCUUCGCAUGCGCCGACUCCCUUGUCGACGUCCUUCAAGGACGGCGGCGGUUCGAACCACGCGACGCCGACCUCCGCGACGGCAUCGAAAUCCGGCAAGAAGAAUAAGAAGCAGAACGAAGAAGACAGCGACCACGACUCGCAAGCGCCGAACAAGAAGCGCAUCAACUUUGGCGCCGGACGCAAGUGA